CCGUAUUUCUAGUCAAGAAAAGAAACGAUCUGUCUCCGAAAAAAAUCGCUACUCGUCAUGAAAGACGAGCUCAAGUAUCUCACGGGAUUCGGUUUUGAGUUCUCCAGCGAGGAUGAGCGCUGCCCAGGAGCACUACCCAUUGGGCAGAAUAAUCCACAGAAAUGUCCAUAUGGUCUUUAUGCCGAACAACUAUCGGGCACAGCGUUUACAGCUCCACGUAGUCAAAAUAAAAGAUCGUGGCUCUAUCGAAUAAGACCGUCUGUCGUUCACAACCCGUUUAAACCCUUCACUAGAGAUCGUGGUGUCGAAUCUUAUGUAAGAAACGAUUGGAACGAGACUUAUCCAAAUCCCAAUCAGCUAAGAUGGAAGACUUUUGACGUUCCGACUCGACGAGAUCCCGAAGUCGAUUUUAUCGAGGGUCUUCAUACUUUGUGUGGUGCCGGUGAUCCCAAGAUGCGCCAAGGCAUUGCGAUACACGUGUACUUGUGCAACGCUUCCAUGAAAGAUAGGGCAUUUUACAACGCCGAUGGCGAUUUUCUCAUCGUGCCACAGUUGGGUAUUCUGCAGAUUACGACAGAGUUCGGCAAGAUGCGAUGCGAACCAAACGAAAUAUGCGUUAUUCAGCAAGGAAUGCGAUUCUCCGUGACCGUCUUUGGUCCAAGCAGAGGUUACAUUUUAGAGGUCUUCGACAAUCACUUCCAGUUGCCAGAAUUAGGACCGAUAGGAGCAAACGGCUUGGCGAAUCCAAGGGACUUUCAAACUCCUGUGGCUUGGUACGAGGAUCGUGAGAUUGAUUACGAGAUCAUAUGUAAAUAUCAGGGAAAGCUAUUUGUGGCCAAUCAAGGUCACAGCCCCUUUGACGUAAUUGCGUGGCAUGGCAACUACGUACCUUAUAAAUACGAUCUUAAUAGGUUCAUGGUUAUCAAUUCCGUCUCCUUUGAUCACUGCGAUCCCUCCAUCUUCACCGUGCUGACGUGCCCCACUAACAAACCUGGAACGGCUGCAGCCGACUUCGUGAUCUUUCCACCCCGAUGGUCCGUGCAAGAACAUACUUUCCGACCACCCUACUAUCAUCGAAAUUGCAUGAGCGAGUUUAUGGGCUUGAUAAAGGGUCACUACGAGGCAAAAGAGGAUGGUUUUUCUGCUGGUGGUGCAUCGCUACAUUCCAUAAUGACUCCGCACGGUCCCGAUAGACAGUGCUUCGAGGCUGCAUCCAAGAGCGAGCUGGUGCCAGAACGGAUCGCUGAUGAUAUGCAGGCAUUUAUGUUUGAAACCUCGUAUAGCAUGGCCAUGACACAAUGGGCUAGUAAGCUUUGCAAUAAGCUGGACAAUGAGUAUUACAAAUGUUGGCAGGAUUUACAGAAACAUUUUGAUCAUACUGAUAAGCAAACCUAAAUUGCUUAAUGUAAUGGUCUUUAUUGGAAAGAUUGAAUGCUAGAUCUUUACAAUUUUGAACUUUAUUUUUGUUGCCAUAUCUUCUUGCUUUUCUCUUGCUUUUUUUUAGUAUCACAUAACUGCAGAAUAUAAAAUUCAUUGUGUAAUAAAUAAAAGCUUAUUACUUUACGUUACUGUAUUUCACUGUGAUAAAACGUCCACAAUCCCAACAAAAAUUUUCACGUUCACGAGGAAAGCAGUAUAUAUAGCCAGCUCUCAAGAUAAAUCUUUAGCACUUCUUUUUUCCUCUCGUGGUAGAAAAAUCACUAAGAU